CCGUGUUCUAUUGCUUUAGAAUAAAGGGAAACACAGGUAUUAUUAACACCAACACCCACCGGAACAAGCGAUGCCGGCGAUACGAGCCACACUCCACAUGCUGCUUUUGGUGGUCGUCGUCGCGCUGUUGUUGCACGGCGGAAAUGGCCUCUCGAUCGAUCCGGAGAUGAACCGYAGGUCGGCCUUUGCCGCGGUGGCCGCUGCGGGUGGUGCCACGACGGGAUGGUUUACCCGUUCCSUGCCCGAGGCACACGCCGAAACAGCAGCAUCAACGACRACGACAACGACGGCGACGACAAACCCGCUGCCCGGUGGYUCGCUCUCGGCAUACCAGAUAUUUCCKGACGCGACACCGRCCCGCAAYCCGACAAUCGAAUCCCUUGCCGUAAGUAAGAAAUACGAAAGAAGAGACUUUCGUGUCAAUGACAAUGCUUGAAAACCAGCGAAUCCCGUCGCACGAAUUCUGACACUAUCCAACUGUUCUUUGCCCAUGGCGAYGAUUGUGGCGACGGUGGUGCAACCUCUGUAGGAAGACCAAYUGAUCCAAUCACUGAGCAAAAAAUCCGGUGCCCUGUGGCUGGGAGAGCACCACAACGCCGAACGCGAUCACCGGGCUCAGAUCGACAUCAUCCGGAAGCUGCACGCCUCUAAAACGAAGGGCCAGAGCGGCAACGGCGAGCGACUCGGCAUCGGACUGGAGCAGGUCCAGGUUCAGUUCCAGUCGGUCCUGGACGCGUACAUCGGCGGAAGCCUGUCCAYMGAGGAAAUGCGGGAAAAGGUGGAGUGGGACAAGCGGUGGACGUGGCCGUUUGAUGGCUACAGGGGCAUCUUUGAAACGGCGAGGGAGCURAAGAUCCCACUCGUGGCCCUGAACGUAGAUUCCGAGGACCUGGCCAAGGUCGAGAACGGAGGCUUCUCGAACCUGCCRCCCGAGAAACGCAGCAAGUACAUCCUCGAUCCGGAGGGYUUUGCCGCCUUUGCCAAGCCCGGAAAAUACAAGUGCUACGUGGAAUACGUCAUCCUGCCGUCCUUCGACAUGCACAAGAAGCUGGGCCUCCUGCAGUACACGAUGUCGGGGGAAAAACUCGACGAGGAAAUGAAUUUCAAGAAAUUCUUUAGCGGGCGAAUCCUCUGGGACGAGGCCAUGGCCUCCGGGGCCUACCGGUGGACCAGGGACAACCCGAACGGCCUCCUGGUGGGCCUCGUAGGGGCCGACCACGUCAAAUACAGGGCCGGCAUCCCCGGGAGGUACGACCGGAUGGUGGGGAACAGCAGGGACUGCGUCUCGGUGAUGCUGAAUCCAUCCCUCAUCGACACGCGGCCCUCGGGCUCCGUCUCGAUGGAACAAAACACACUCGAUCCGAACCAGCUGACGCUCCAGCUGAUCUAUGCCAAGGACGGGGUGGACGCUACCACGGAUGCACGCUUCCUCGACGAAAACAUCGGGGGAUCCUUUCCUCUGGCGGAUUACAUCGUCACGAGCAGCAGCUAGACGGUGACACCAGUCCGUGGCAAGACGAGCGUCCCGCAGUACAAGGACAGACAAUAACUGAGAACGAGAACU